GGUGAACCGUUUCUAUCCGACUUUGUUGACAUCAGAGAAGCGUGCACGUUUCUCUCUCCCUGUUUGAAUACAUUGUUUAUUUGAAAUGGCUUCGAACUAUCGGAAAUCAGCAAGCUCCGCAGGACAAUCCAAGAAAAGGGCUGCUCCUAAAGUCGAACUAACUGCAGAAAUAAAGCAGGAAAUAAAAGAAGCAUUUGAUCUGUUCGAUACUGAUGGGACUGGUACCAUCGAUGUUAAAGAACUUAAGGUGGCUAUGCGAGCCCUUGGUUUUGAGCCAAAAAAAGAAGAAAUCAAGAAGAUGAUUGCAGAUAUUGAUAAAGAAGGCUCUGGAAUGAUUGACUUUGAUGACUUUCUCAGCAUGAUGUCUGUUAAAAUGAGUGAAAAAGACUCAAAAGAGGAGAUUCUAAAGGCUUUCCGGCUGUUCGAUGAUGACUGCACGGGCAAAAUCUCAUUCAAAAACCUUAAGAGAGUCGCAAAAGAGCUGGGAGAAAAUCUCAGGGAUGAGGAGUUACAGGACAUGAUUGAUGAAGCUGACCGAGAUGGAGAUGGAGAAGUCAGCGAAGAAGAAUUUCUUAGAAUGAUGAAAAAGACCAAUUUAUAUUGAAUCUAUCCUAUCUGUGUAUAUUGUUCUCUGACCUUUAUAAACUGUUGAUUUUGACACACUCAAUAUUUUUUUCACCUGAAGUUGUAAAUAU